ACUCGCCUACGUACUAAGUCAACUGAUCAUAAACAACAAAUUUCUGUUGGCGCACACUACGGGAAUGGAGUUAAUCAAAACUACGGUUGAACCAGUCUUCUCUUGGUCCCCCGAUUGCUAUAGCGAUGAGAAGACUACUUGUAAGUGCUAUGGCGAUGGCGAUUUUUAUUGUAGAAUUGUCGGCGGACUCAAUUUGGUUUACAUAAAAUUUUCUUUAAACUCGCUGAAACUGUUUGUAUUGUGUAAGAUAGGCACAGAAACUAAUAUCAAUUUUCUACUCGAGCGCAAAUUUGAGUCAAUUUUACUUAAAACACGUUAUUUGGAAGUGUUAGGUUGCAAGAAUUUUACACACGAUAUCAAUAUGAAUGACAAAGUGUGGGAAAUUCUAAUAACAAUGUAUGAGAAGAAUAAAGUAACACUAGUUCAUAACACUGACCUUGCUGCAAAAUCAACGAAAUAUUAUGGUCCAAUCAUGAAUGUGCUUCACUUACAAUUGAUUAUUAAAUCAAAUCGUAAUAAAAUCCGGAAAGCAGAUAUUAUAAGAAUACCACAUUCUAAGCAGAAUCUGCUGGAAACACUUACGCUUAGCGUACAAGGCCUAAGAAACCAGUAUUUAUCGCUGCAAAACUUGACGCAAACAUUCUUUAAAAACUUCCUUGCGCUCAGACAGCUUAACUUAGCCGGAAAUAAUAUGAGAAUGUUGGAACCCAACAUCUUUGUAGCGCUAACGCAAUUGAAUUGUCUCAAUUUGAGCGGUAAUGAAAUCCGUGAAUUGCCCAAAAGUCUGUUUGCGUAUCAGCCUCAACUUCUCAUACUGGAUCUGAGUCACAAUUCAUUGACAUAUUUAACGCCACACCUUUUCGAUCACACUCCUUGGCUAUGGCAGUUGAAACUUGGUGGCAAUCAACUGCACGACACUACAAAUCUUAUGGAAAAUCUGAAACCGCUGCGUUAUUUACAUAGGCUAGACGUGAGCCAGAAUCAACUGCAAACUUUUUGGAGCACCGAGACUUCCGUCAAUAGAACGCCAAGUUUACUAACAAAUUUUCGAUACAGCAUGAAUUUGGCUUUAGCUGACGGUCUUAAUUAUAUUAUCAAGUUGCAACCAGAAAAUUACGAAGGUGGCAAGAUUAACUCAACUGUAAUCAAUUUAAGUGGCAAUCGCUUGCACGAAUUCACUUUAGAUUGGCUUGUAGCAACGAACAUUACAUGCCCUUUUGAAAUAAACCUAGAGCACAAUCUGAUUGAAAACAUCUUUGCUUUACAAAAUUUCUUCAGUAUGACUGAGGAUUGUGCUCCCGAAAUCAAAAUGACUGGUAAUCCGAUCGUGUGCGAUUGUAAAUUUGCUUGGAUUUACAGUGAAAACUAUCGUUCGCUGUUCAAUGGUUUACAGUGCGUUCAGUCGUCAACCAAACUAGUAAAAGAUCUUGCGCAGCUGGAACGUAAAGAACUGUGUGCUUGGGAAGCAGUAAUGUGCCCCAGAGAAUGUAAUUGUUACACACAAUUUGAGUUCCUGCACAUCAAUUGCAAGGGUGCGCAACGUAUCGAACAGCUCCCACGUCCCGAGCAAGUUGGGCUCAAGAGUUCAGUACUCGAUAUUAGCAAUAACAAUUUAAUUGUAUUGCCGCUAAACACCACCUUCGGCUAUGGUAACGUUUCGCAACUCAACGCGUCGUACAAUAAAAUCACGAGCAUAAAUAUCAGUCAACUGCCAACCAAUUUGACGGUUUUGGAUCUACGAAAUAAUCGUUUAAGUUCUUUAAAUGAUGAAUUUUUGCGUGCAUACCUCAAUGACAGCACAAAACUACAAUUUCUCUAUCUAAGUGAAAAUCCUUGGAUUUGCAACUGUUCCACGCUGCAACUGCUGUACACCAUACGUACCCAUCGGACACGCAUACCCGACGCCGACCAGUUACUCUGCGUUAAUCAGCCGAACGAUACACUCCUAAUAGCAAAUGUGAGAGAAUUGUGUUCAACUCCUGUGAAUGUAGAAUAUUAUCAGUACUUGAUUAGUGUAGGGUUAACCAUUAUUAUUUUUCUUUCCAUUAUCGCACUCUUCUAUAAAUAUAAAUUAGAAGUGAAAGUCUGGUUAUAUAGCCACAACAUAUUGAGAUUUUGCAUUCGCGAAUGUGAGCUGGAUAAGCAUAAAACAUUCGAUGCGUUUAUUUCAUAUGCACACCAGGAUGCAGACUUCGUCAACCAUACAUUACUGCCGCAACUCGAACAGUGCGAACCACCAUUUAGUGUAUGCACGCACGAACGCAAUUGGCUGGCUGGCGCUUAUAUACCAGAACAAAUCAUCGAAUCGGUGGAACAGUCGCGUCGGACGAUCAUUGUGCUCUCGCAGCACUUCAUCGAGUCGGAUUGGGCGCGCAUGGAGUUUCGCACAGCACAUCAGUGCUCGUUGAACGAGGGUCGUACGCGCAUAAUAAUGAUUAAAUAUGGUGAAAUCUCGAAUAGUGAGUUAUUGGAUAGAGAGCUAAAGGCAUAUUUGGAUAUGAAUACAUAUCUGGAUUGGCAAGACGUCAGAUUUUGGGACAAAUUACGCUACGCCAUGCCACAUAAAGCGGGUAGAGAGAGGAAUUCCGAUAUGCUUAAAAUUAACGAAGAAAUUGAGAUGAAUCGUUUGCGUGACGAAAUUGUUUAAACUUGUCACAGUUUGUUUGUGGUAAAGCAAUUGGUUGCAGGAUGUUACUUAGUGAAAUCUUCAGAUUCUUCUGUGACACAAAGAGUUAUUCAAAAUGUUGCUACUAAGAGAAAGAUGGAGAUAAUCUUGGCCAACGCUUACCAAGCAGUGGUGAUCGCACAAACUCUUCAAUCCCAUUUUAUUAUAUUUCAAGUAACUAUUU